AUGCCACUCCAUAAGGCAAUACCACCUCCUGUUGUCUUUCGACGACGAUUAGGCUCUGGUCUGGGUCUUCGAGAGUAUGUAUCUGCGCGGCGAGAGAGGGCCCUAACCUCGCGCUUGACUCGUGCCGGAGUUGCGGGCGUGGAUAUAGGAUUGCCUGUUUUCGGGCACUUAGUAUGGAAGGUGAGAUUCCCUGAUACAUUUGCAUCGAUUCCCCCCUGCAACGACAUCUUGGAGUCAUCGCCCUUCCCCUUUACUCUGUCUGUCAUGGAGCACCUUGAUUUCAGCACUCUCAUGCCGGCCGAAUUCAUUGAUCCCACGAGGAGUGAUUUCGAUGUCCCACAGGGAACCACUCAACGGAGUGCGUCUUUUACUGGUACACCCACGACGGAAAAUCUAAAUGAACGUAUCAUGAUUUCUACGUCGGCCACAUUCGCCACCACAUCUUGUCAUGGGAAUGUUGAUCCGGAGACCAUCAUCCUCGCUUCCAGUGAUCAUGUCCACUUCUAUGUUCACAUCUUUCGCUUGCUGAGCGCAUCGACGAACAAUUUCAAUCAGCUAUUGCCGACUCCUCACAGAGGCCCAGAAAUGCGGGCUAUCGCAGUUUUCGAGGAUGCUGCCACCCUCAAUGUUGUUCUCCAUGCUAUUUAUGAUAUCUCACUUCGUCAAUUCUCGCCGCAUCUGGAGGUUCUUCUAGCAGCGGUUGACGCUCUGAAGAAAUACGGCAUACCACUUGACCAAUAUCUCGUCCGUAGAACGCCUCUCUUCGAAGAGCUCGUCAUUAAAACACCUUAUCGACCGAUAGAGGUGUACAUAGUCGCUGCCGAAAAUGAUCUUUUCGACCUUGCCUCAGAAGCAUCCUCCUUUCUUCUCUCUUACCCACUUUCCUCCGUCACGGAUGAUAUGUGGUCAAGAAUAGGGCCCCUCUACUUGCGCCGGCUCUUUACCCUUCAUGUCGAGCGGCUACAGGUGUUACAACAGCUCAUCGUUCAGCCUCCCCCGGAGCACCCCCCUACCUUAGACUGUGGUUGGGUAGAUCACAAACGGUUGAUGAACGCAUGGUCCUUGGCAUGCGCGAGCAUCAUCUUCGAUGCUCAACCAGACUUAUCAGCUGGGAAAAUACGGAUUGUUCUCCAGUCCCUCAGUCUUCAUCUGGCAUGCGGAGCAUGCAAGGACUCGGUGAACAAACGAGUGAAAGACAUAGUCAUGAAAUGGUCAAUUACACCGAGAACUAUCCUGAGGGACACUGGAGGUUACCGCGCGGUUCUUCGAUAGAUACUUGCCAAGUGGUCUCAAGUGUUUCAUCCUGUUGAUUACUGACUUGUGUGUACCGGUGCAUCUGUUUUGUCUAAUCUUGGUACCCUUCAAGUUUGCUCUCAUGUUCCGCUAAAUUUUAAUUAGGCUGGAAACCUCGGGGAUGCUUAUUUGAUGUCACGUAUUGAAUGUUAUGCGACAGCUUCUGGG